AGGGACUACAGGAGGGAGAUUCCUUCCUUGGGCCGUGGAAGAGAGAAGACCUCAGUAUACGGGUUCCUCUCAGCUGCAAGAGUUGAUAUCCAUUUCUGGCUGUGUCUUGGCUUCUCCACAGACACUCCCUGUCCCUACAGAUUUUGGCAAACGGGUAUACCAAGGAGUGCGAGUGAAACAUACAGUCAAAGAUCUUCUUGCUGAAAAACGAUCCAAGCAGAGCAGUGGCUCCCGCUUCAGUGGCAGCACCAGCACACCACAGUCAUCAGUUGUCCAAAUGCCAGGCUCACCUACCACGGCCAGUUACUACCACGGCGUCAGGAGAUCCUUCACAACUGAAUUGGAUGUCCACAACACAAAGCAGUUUGUCAGUGAUGUCUACUCGUCCCCUCUAGGGUCCAAGCCCUUCUCAUGCGACUCCUCUGCCAGUCAGGGCUACCCAGCACUUCCGGACCCAUAUCUCUCCGACCAAUAUGGGGAUUACCGUGCUACUGCCCUCACAGCUGGUACCAGCUCCUUCUUCAGCCCUUCUUCUGUGCCCCCUCUCCUGCCAUCCUUCUCUAAUGACACAGCGCACUUCCUACUAAGAGAGCCCUGGGAGCAGACCUCACCCAACAGUCUCAGCCAGUUGGACAGUGUGUGCUCAGACAUUCUGCAAGCACUGCCUGCUAGCGCCAGUUGCCUCUCCUCACACGAGUCUGGAGGCAUUUCCCCGUACCGAAGCUCAGGUUGGACCCCAGCCAUCCCCGGAGCCCAGUCCUACCCUCUGCAUCCUCUUGAAGAUGUUCACUACUCCACUAGCUAUGCUGCCACCUCACCCUACUCCUUCUCACCACUCAUGACUGUGGCAAACGAGCUUACCUCCAGGAUGAGCCACCUCUCGCCGGAGCAGUCCUCAGAGACACCACCUCUUCACGAUAACUCUGCCUGGGCAAAAGAAGAUGGAAGUCCCAUCUGGGGGACUUACGAAGGGCGAAGAACUUAUUGAUGAGAGAUAAG